AUGGAGACAGCAUAUAUCUGCAUGAUCGGGAAAACACCAGCAAAGCCAUCGGCCUUCUCGAUCAAUUCAUCGAUAGGCAUAGCAGCAAUAGACUCGUCUUUGUCCUGUCCCAAUAGAGAAGACGAUGGAUACAUUUCAACUCUUAUAUCCCAAACAAUUAACCGAAAUACGUUCAGAGCCCUUCUGAUAGUCUCAGCACUGUCAUGCCUAGGAGGGUCAAAAAGUGGCAAGAGCCCAAAAAAUUUCCACGGACCCCCGGCGCUCUCUUUCCUUCCUUCAGGAACUUCCUGUAGAGCACAAAAAACGGUUGCCAAUUCAUGA